GGAAUACAGUCAGCGACACCGACCAUCCCCGCAAUCUCGAUCGUCACUCACGACCGUUUCGCACGCACCUCCGCUCCAAAUGUCUCAGCCUCUCCAGAUCUCUUGAUUCCCGCCCCUCAUUGCUUCCUCGGAUCUCAUCGUUCGCGAAGAUGGCGACCAGCGUGGACGCCAAGCUGCUGCGGCAGACCAAAUUUCCGCCGGAAUUCAGCCGGAAGGUGGACAUGAAGAAAGUGAACAUCGAAGUCAUGAAGAAGUGGAUUGCCGGCAAGAUCUCUGAAAUCUUGGGCAACGAAGAUGAUGUUGUUAUCGAACUCUGUUUCAACUUGUUGGAAGGUACCCGAUUUCCCGAUGUGAAAUCCCUCCAGAUUCAGCUUACGGGCUUCUUGGACAAGGAUACCGCCAAGUUUUGCAAGGAGCUUUGGUCGCUAUGUCUGAGCGCUCAGGAAAAUCCCCAGGGUGUUCCGAAGGAGCUACUAGAGGCCAAGAAGCUGGAACUUAUACAGGAGAAGGUGCGAACACGAAAAGUGCCUGGUGUGACAGCCAACUUACCUCUUUGCCCUUCAGAUCGAAGCCGAGAAGGCCGCCGAAGAAGCCCGCAAACAGAAAGAGCAAGAACGCACAAGGGAGAAAGAAUUGGAGGACAUCAGACGCAGAGAGCGCUCGGAGCGUGGGCGAGGAGGGGGGCCAGGAGGCGCAAGAAGAGGUGGUGGCCGCGGCGGUCGCGACUUCGACAGACGGCCGCGACGCAGCCCUGAUUACGGUGAUCGCGCUCGAUCCCAUUCCCGCAGCCAUUCAUCCUCCCGCUCACGUACUCCCAGAAGAGACCGCAGAAGACGGAGAUCCGUCUCUUCCCGCAGUGCAUCGCGCUCGCGCUCGCGCGGCGUGAGAGACAAAGGCAGACGACGGGACUCGUCGGGGUC